AUGACCACGACGACCAAAAUGUUGGAGCCUAUUACAUCGAAGCUCGAAUGCAUUGCAGUCUCUCAAGCUUCCUUGAAUAACCUGACAUUGAGGCACUCAAAACAUUUCCAUCCAAUUGAUCAACCUCAUCAUGAUCAUCAAUCUUCCAAAGAUUCUACAUCAAUUCCUCUGCUUCAAGUCCAAGCCAGUUUCUUUGAGUGUGGUGGAUUAGCAAUCGGUUUAUGCAUGUCACACAAGUUGGCAGAUGCAGCAACUAUGAGCAAAUUCAUUAGUAUUUGGGCAGCCAUAGCUGCUGGACAUGAACAACCUGCUCAAACACAACAACUUCCAAUUGUGGAGUUCAAUGCAGCUUCCUAUUUUCCUCCAAGAGAACAUCUCUCUGCCUUUAAAUCUCCUAUCACAAUUUCCAAAGUUCCAAACAAAUGUGUUGUCAAAAAAAGGUAUGUGUUUGACCGGACAAAUAUUGAAGCUCUUAGGGAGAAAGCUGUGAGUCAAUCGGUGAAGCGACCUAGCCGAGUUGAAGCUGUCACAGUACUCAUUUGGAGAUGUGCCAUGGCUGCUGCAUGGGACAAGCCAACAACAUUACUAGACAACAAAGAUGCAGGGGAUUCAUCGAAGAAGAAGAAGAAGAAGAAGUCGAUAAUUAUCCAACUCGUCAACAUACGCAAAAGGUUUGAAUUAUACGAUGUUGCCGACUUUGGUUGGGGGAAGCCAAUUUGGAUUUCUGCUAAUGACAACAACUCUUUCUUGUUGAUGGAUACCAAAGGAGGUGAUGGGAUAGAGGCUUUGGUCACUCUGAGUGAAGAAGAAAAGGCAUUGCUUGAGAAAGAUGAUGAGCUUCUAACAUUUGCUACCUCAAAUCCAAGUGUGUCAUAA